AUGCACUGCAAUAGCCACCACAACGAUCUGAAAAGGUCGAAGUGGUCUGGUCCUCCAGGUUGGGGGUUUGGCGACGGGCUAACAACCCGUCCCAAUAAAAGAACUACUGUUAAGAAACCACAWCCAACUAAGCCUCGGAUACACUUUGGUGUGGGUUUUGCUGUAAAUAAAGAUUUCGAGAUGUGUGUAAAAGAAUUUAACCCAGUAUCUGAACGCAUAUGCACGAUAAGGCUGGACACAAAACCACUAAACACAUUUAUAAUUAACAUACAUGCUCCCACUGAAGGGAAAGAAGACAUAAUAAAGGAGGAAUUUUAUGAAGAAAUAACGGAGAUUUACGAUAGAGCACCAAAAAMUAYGGUGAGAAUUGUUAUUGGGGAUUUUAAUGCCAAAAUAGGUAGAGAGACCAUCUAUAGACCUACAAUUGGAUUCCACAGSGCUCACGAACAAAGCAAUGAUAAUGGACAGAGAAGUAUAGCUUUUGCAACCUUUUUCUAUCAAACACAGUACUGA